AUGCCAGACGAUCACCUUCCAGACAACCGAAAGGAGUCCAGCAGAGUCACUGUCACUGAGCAUACUGUGGACAACCGCAUACUGCCAAAGUUGAAGAUGCAACAUCCAACCUCUUUGAUCUCGAAAGCUAAGCAACAUACAUCCAUGCCGACCUUGCUGUCAUUCAACAAAGCCCACCUUGAACGGGCCGCGGGAGGGGCACAAAAGAGCGCCUUCCUUUCCAUCUUACCGCACGAUUUGCAUUACCUUCUCGCCACCACCUACGUCGAUUUUGAUACAUUGCUCGCUCUUCGACAAACCUGUCGAAUGAUCUACGAACUACUCCCAGUAGAUGUCGUCCGUCGCACCCGAGCCAAAUUGGUCAAGGAAAGCCUCGAGAACGAGGAGCAGCAGUACCGGGAAUACAGAUCCCUCUACCCACGGCAGCGACUUGGCCAUCUCUGGGACUUGUUGUACGCUGCUUUUGACUUUCGGCUCAUUGAGCGUCCUGCCAGAGAACUUCGAUGCUACGGUUGCCUCGAGGUCAAACCUUUGUGGUGCUUCGUCGAGAGAAUGAGUAACCGCGGCACAGGUCUCGGUGCCAAAUUUGCCCGAAAUAGAUUGUGCAAGGACUGCAUGCGCCGAUACCGCGACAUCGAGGGGGAGUGGUGGAAGGAGAACUGGGUGAAGAAGAGCGAUACGGUCUGCAAAUCGAGCUUAACCCGCAGACUUCGUCGAUGGGUGCUCGAAGGCCAAAGCCUCGUCAACCCAGCCGAGGAGAUUGGAGUCUGCUCCUCAUGUGGCAACACGACCUUUGAGCUGUGGUGGGGAUGUGUCGCCUGCUUUGAAAUAGAAGAGCAGAGACGGCGAGAAGAGGAUUUGAUGGAAAUUGAGGGCUUUGAUCGGAAAAUUGCUGGGAUCUUUGAGGCCUGGCGAGUACGCAAGGGGGCGACACGCAGGCAACGCCAAGCCAGUCGCGAUCGCAGAACGAGGAACUGGUGGGCUCCGAGCUUCAAUAUCGCAUUUGCAGGCGGGCUUGCGGAGCGAAAGGCUGCUUUGAUCGAGUGGAGAGAGAACAGGGAGAACAAGGAAAACAGGGAAAACAAAAAGUCCGGAGGUAGUCCGACCAAAGCCAACAAGCCCGACUCGCGAUGGCGCGCUCUCGACCAGAUUCCCUUGCCGAAGAGCCGCAGAGAGGCAAGAUGCUCAUCCUGUUGGGUGCCCAAUUGCCCCCGGCGCACGUACAUUCUUGGUUUGGCGUACGAAAGACCGCUGCCGAGGGAGCGAUGGUGCCCCGGAUGCAAACAGGAAUUCGACCAACGGCUUGCAAGGAAAGGGUACCGGAAAUGGAGAAUGAAGAUGAGCACCAACGAAAGGUCCGACAACGAUUGGCCCGAAUCGUUGGCCUGGCUGUUUGAGGAGAACUAA